UUUUGUUAAGGAUUUCUUUCUCGUAGUUGUUGCAAAAACUUGCCGCAAUGGGAGAUGAAGAAGGGAGAAAAAGUUCAUGGACGACCUUGUUGGAAGGGAUGAAGCCGGCAAUGGCAAUGGUGGUGAUCCAAUUAUUCUUCGCCGGUAUAAAUAUCUUUAACAAGCUCGCCAUUAACGAUGGAAUGAACAUGAGGAUUCUCGUCGCAUAUCGCUAUCUCUUCGCCACUGUUUCCGUGGCCCCGUUUGCGUUCAUCCUUGAAAGGAAGAACUGGCCGAAAUUAACAUGGAAAAUCUUGAUGCAGGCUUUCUUCUGCGGGUUCUUUGGGGCUACGUUGGCGCAAAACCUAUAUGUGUCUAGUAUAAAAUUAACAUCUGCAACUUUUGCCUCAGCCAUGACAAACCUUGUACCAGCCAUAACUUUCAUCAUGGCUGUCAUAUUCAGAUUAGAGCAUUUAAGAAUCAGAACAAAAUCAGGGAAAGCAAAGAUACUAGGAACACUCGUUGGAGUUUCCGGUGCAACGAUCCUCACCUUCUUGAAAGGAAAAGAAAUCAACCUCCCAACAAAUGUCAAUCUUCUAAAAUCACAUAGUAAUGGUGGAAAUCAGAUGGCUGCACUACGCCAAGAUUAUGGUAAUCGCAUCAUGGGCUUUAUUAUGUCUCUAGGAAGUUGUUUCUCUUAUGCAAUCUGGCUGAUAAUUCAGGCUAAAAUGAGCAAGGACUAUCCUUAUCAUUACUCGAGCGUUGCAAUCAUGUGCCUGAUGGGUUCGGUUCAAUCUAUAAUUUUUGCUCUUUGCAUGGAGAGGAAUUGGGAGGAUUGGCAUAUGGGCCUUGGAAUUCGACUUUACUCUGCAGCCUACACGGGUGCGGUUGGUUCAGGUCCCAUACUUUCUUUACUCGCUUGGUGCAUAAAUAAAAAGGGUCCACUUUAUGCCUCUGUGUUUAACCCUCUCAUGCUUGUGAUUGUGGCCAUUUUUGGAUCCUUAUUACUUGAUGAGAAGUUACAUAUUGGGAGUAUUAUAGGAGCUGUGUUGAUUGUGAUUGGAUUAUACUUGGUGUUAUGGGGCAAAGGUAAAGAAGCGGAAGCAUCAAAUAUUGGAAAGUUUCCUACACAUAAAGAAACUACUGAUGUGGGGGUGGAACCUACAAAAGUUGAGUUGCAGAAUGGAAGUGCACUUUCAGAUGAUGUUGAUGAACCAAAAUAAAGGGAGCAAGAAAAAAGUGGAAGAUUGAAGAUGUAAGCUUUAAAUUUGGGAUUAGUGGAAAUGGUAGAGAAAAUAAAAAGAAGAUAAGGGAUUCAUUAUUAGUGCAACAAUUUAUUGAGUAUGUUAUAAGCAUUUUUUGGGAGUCAAAUAUUGUGGGCUUUAGGUUGAGCUAAUACACUAAUGAAUGGGCCCUCAUUAAAAUGGAAAGCUAAUUGAUAGAAGUUUCCAUAAUUAUUUAAUAAAUUUU